AUGGAAUUUAGAAUCAGAACUAGCUCUCGUAAGAUAGCUUACUUCACUAGAACUAUGAGUAGGUCGCUUCGGGUCAUUGUUGUUGGAGCUUUCACUAGUAUGAAUUCAUCGUCGUUUUUGCCUUCAGCUUUCACUAGUGUGUUUCGGUGUUGUCGUUUCUGGAAGCUUUCACCAGUGCGAUUUCAUUGUCGUCUUUGGAAGCUUUCACUGGCUUACUUCACUGAAACAAUGGGUAGGUUGCUUCGAGUCAUCGUUGUUGGAGCUUUCACAAGUAUGAAUUCAUUGUCGUCUUUGAAAGCUUUUAUUGGCGUCGUUUUUGGAGCUUUCAAUGUUGUCGUUUUGGAAGCUUUUACUACUUUCACUGGUGUGAUUUCGUCACUUCGUCGUCGUCAUCGUUUUUGGAGCCUUCAAUAUCGUUCUUUGAAGCUUUGUGUUGGUGUUAGUUUGUCGAGUGCG